GCGAGCUUACUUUAAUGGCUCCUCCACCACAUAAAAGGCGCGGCAGCAGCGCGUGAGCCAUGAGAGCCACUGUCACUGCUACCCCAGCUGCAAUAAUACUCAUACACCUCACCUCGUGCCGCCCGUUGCGACACCUCCCGUACGUCAAUGCCCGUGGCCGCCAUUGAUGGGGAAGAAGGCCGGCACCACCUCCUCCUGGCUCACCGCCGUCAAGCGCGCCUUCCGCUCCCCCUCUAAGGACGACUCCCCCAACAAGGCCGCCCGCCUCCGCGACGACACCGACGACGACAAGGGCAAGAGGGAGCGCCGCAGAUGGCUCUUCAGGAAGUCCUCGUCGCCGUCUCCCGCGCCUCCGACACCGCCGCCGCCACAGCAGCAGCAGCAGCAAUCGAGGGCGGCGGCCGUGACGGAGGAGCAGCGGCACGCCAUCGCGCUCGCCGUGGCGACGGCGGCGACCGCGGAGGCGGCGGUGGCGACGGCGCAGGCGGCGGCGGAGGUGGUCCGGCUGACGCGUCCGAGCUCCAGCUUCGUCCGCGAGCACUACGCCGCCAUCGUGGUCCAGACCGCGUUCCGCGGGUACCUGGCGCGGCGCGCGCUCCGGGCGCUCAAGGGGCUCGUGAAGCUGCAGGCGCUGGUGCGCGGCCACAACGUGCGGAAGCAGGCCAACAUGACGCUCCGCUGCAUGCAGGCGCUGGUGCGCGUCCAGGCCCGCGUCCGCGACCAGCGGAUGCGCCUCUCCCAGGACUCCAUCUCCUUGUCCGCCGCCGCCGCCUCCGCCGCGCCAUGCGGCAGCAGCAAGUCCUCCUACAGCGUCGACACCUCCACCUUCUGGGAUUCCAAGUACACCCACGACUUCGCCGCUGCCGACCGCCGCUCCAUCGAGCGGUCGCGAGACGGCAGCAGCUUCGCCGCCGGCGACGACUGGGACGACCGGCCGCGGACGAUAGAGGAGAUCCAGGCGAUGCUGCAGACGAGGAAGGACGCCGCGCUCAAGCGUGAGAGGGCGCUCUCCUACGCCUUCUCCCAUCAAAUUUGGAGGAACCCGGCGCCGUCGGUGGAGGAGAUGGACGUCGAUGGGCAGCCGAGGUGGGCGGAGAGGUGGAUGGCGUCGCGCGCGUCGUUCGACACCAGCAGGAGCACCGUCCGCGCCUCCGCAGCGGCGGCGCCUGGGCGCGCGUCCACCGACCACCGCGACCAGGUCAAGACGCUGGAGAUCGACACCGCGCGGCCCUUCUCCUACUCCACGCCACGCCGGCACGGCAACGCGUCGUACCACGCGUCGUCGUCGCCGAUGCACCGCGCGCACCACCACUCGCCGGUCACGCCGUCGCCAUCCAAGGCGCGGCCGCCGAUCCAGGUGCGGUCGGCAAGCCCGCGCGUGGAGCGCGGCGGCGGCGGGGGAGGGAGCUACACCCCGAGCCUUCACUCGCACCGCCACCACGCGUCGUCGGGCGGCGCGGCGGCGGUGCCGAACUACAUGGCGGCGACGGAGUCCGCCAAGGCGCGGGUGCGUUCCCAGAGCGCGCCGCGGCAGCGCCCGGCGACGCCGGAGCGCGACAGGAUGUCAUUCGGCGGCGGCGGCGGCGGCGGCGGAGCGAAGAAGCGGCUGUCGUUCCCCGUCCCCAUCGACCCGUACGGCGCGUACGCGCAGAGCCUGCGGAGCCCGAGCUUCAAGAGCGCGGCGGGGAGGUUCUCGUCGGAGCAGCGGUCGAACGUGUCGUCGUCCUGCGCGGAGAGCCUCGGCGGGGACGUGGUCUCUCCGUCAUCCACCACCGACCUCCGCCGCUGGCUUCGUUAAUCCGCCGCCGGCGUCGGCGAGGUGUUCGAUGUAAUGCCCGUGAGGUGUUCGCUGUAAUGUUUUUUUUUUUACCACGACCUCGUAAUUCAUCCAUGGCUUUUUUGGUGUCAGAACUGAGGGAGAGAGCGUGGGUGGGGCCCACGUGUCGGUGACGUAGGGAAAGGCUGGAGAGUAACUGGAAAGCGUAGGUGGUUAGUUGGAAUUGGGUUGGAGUUCGGGAAAGGCUACAUUUGCUUUUACGUGCGUUGGGCAGUGAAGGCGCCUUUUCACUUU